AUGGCAACGUCAUCAGCGACAGCCAAUAAGGUGGAGCCCCCAGCAACCCACCGCCACCGCGACAGUGGGCGGUCCAGCACCGGUAAGAGCCAGAAGACGCCUUCCAACGACGACGACGGGGCCAUGGAUCCUCUGGACGAAGCUCCGUGGGCCGACGCCGCCACCUCGGGCACGAGCCAAUCCCCCUCGCAGCAGCAGAGCGACGCCGCGGCGGCGUCCGCCGGCGACGGAACCUCGUCGCCCGCCCCGGCCGCCGGCUCUGCGUCGCUCUCGACGGCCGCCCCAUCGGGCCCGCGCGCAUCCCGCUUGACGCCCCGGCGCCUCGAGGUGCCGCUGCGCCCUGCCGGCGCCGGCGCACAACAGCAACAACAACCACAACAACAACAACAACAACAACAGAGCCAGCCACAGCAGCCACAGCAGCAGCGCCAAGGCGGGCCUCCAGACCCGCACAGGAUCGAUGCCGACGAUGCCGACGACGACAGGCUGUUCGACCGCGGGCCGCGUGUGCCCCCACCCGUCGCCCCCGCCCAGCUAGGGGCCGGCCGGGCCGGCGGCGUGGCGCAGAGCGUGAGCGUCGAGCAGGCGGCGAAGCCGAGCUUCUGGAUCUCGGUUGGGGACCCGCACAAGGUCGGCGACAUGACGGGCUCGCACAUUGUUUACUCGGUGCGGACAAAGACAAGCUCCAAGGGUUACAGGCAGCCCGAGUUCGAGGUCAAGCGGCGGUAUCGGGACUUUCUAUGGCUUUACAACACUCUACACGGCAACAACCCUGGCGUGGUGGUGCCGCCACCGCCCGAGAAGCAGGCGGUGGGCCGGUUCGAGAGCAACUUUGUUGAGUCGCGGCGGCAGGCGCUCGAGAAGAUGCUCAACAAGACGGCGGCGCACCCGACGCUGCAGAACGACCCGGACCUCAAGCUCUUUCUCGAGUCCGAAUCCUUUAAUGUUGAUAUCAAACACAAGGAACGCAGGGAACCGAACUUGGGCACCGAGAGCAAGGGAAUGCUGAGCAGCCUGGGUAUCGGCACGAGCAGCAACAAGUUCGUUGAGCAGGAUGAUUGGUUUCACGACCGUCGUGUCUAUCUUGAUGCGCUGGAGAAUCAACUCAAGGCACUGCUCAAGGCCAUAGAUACCAUGGUGGGGCAGCGCAAGGCCAUGGCGGAGGCAGCGGGCGACUUCUCGGCAUCUCUCCACGCCCUCUCGACCGUCGAGCUCUCGCCGGCACUGUCGGGCCCGCUGGACGCGCUCUCGGAGCUGCAGACGACGAUCCGGGACGUUUACGACCGGCAGGCGCAGCAGGACGUGCUGACCUUUGGCAUCGUCAUCGAGGAGUACCUGCGCCUGAUCGGCAGCGUCAAGCAGGCAUUUUCUCAGCGCCAAAAGGCGUUUUACGCCUGGCACACGGCCGACACGGAGCUCACCAAGCGCCGGUCGGCGCAGGACAAGCUCCUGCGCCAGGGCCGCUCCCAGCAGGACCGGCUCAACCAGGUCGGUGCCGAGGUCGCCGACGCGGAGCGAAAGGUGCACCAGGCCAGGCUCCUGUUCGAGGACAUGGGCCGCCUCAUGCGCAGCGAGCUGGACCGCUUCGAGCGCGAGAAGGUUGAGGACUUCAAGAGCGGCGUCGAGACGUUCCUGGAGAGCGCUGUCGAGGCUCAGAAGGAGUUAAUCGAGAAGUGGGAGACGUUCCUGAUGCAGCUAGACGCGGACGACGACGACACUGUGUUUUACAAGCCUCCCGUGAUACAGGCCCCGGGGGACAACGGCAACAAGCCAGCGGGCGACACUGCCGUGGAUAGGGCCCGGGCGAGGAUCGACGAGGAUUCAGACUAGGGAGUUACGCGGCCCAUCGUCGCCGCUCUGGCAUCCCGCUUUGGAGUAUCUGGCGGGGCUGGUAGCCAUAGGGGUUAGCAUUUAUCGAGUCUCUGGGCUUCGGGGGUGCUCAUAUCAUUACAUCAAGAGACAGGAUAGGGUGAUGGGGAUAUGAGUGACGGCGGCUGUGAGAGAUGACUAAAAAAUCAAGGCGAAAGCGGUGCGUCUGAUACCCUCCAAGAUUUUCUGAGCGCCGCUGUUUGGGAAUGUUUGUUUUAUUGAGGGCCUGUUCUGCAGCUCCCAUUUAAUAGUGAACCCGUCUUUGCGCAGCCAGCACACACACUCCCAUGAGACCACUUAACAGUAUGACAUUCUUCAUCCG